AUGUCAUCAGGAUCACGUUUGGACUCACUCUUGCAAUUCAAAGUUGGUUAUGUGAGAAAUGCAAAUUCAAAUAAAAAAUUACUGAAUACGAGUUUAUUUGUGAAAAGACAUAAUAAAAGUUUAAGAUUCACAACAGAGUAGAUAAAGGAUUUAGAAUUUUGA